UCCUCCUCUUCCUCUUCCUCUAUUGUCGAACUCCCGGCUUGCCCCUGCCGUCCGCACCUUGACGCCGCCCGCUUUCUCCCCCAUGCAGACGGCCUUGGCGGCGUCGAUCCGUGGGCAAACGGGAGCUAGCAACGCCCGCGUCGCGCAGCAUGCCCUGGGGGGUUGGCUUCGCCUCAUCCAGGUCGUGCGUGGUGGAUCUAAGCAGGAAUCAGAGCCUUUGGUGCGCGAGGUCGGACGAUCAAUUUUCCUUUUAUGGGGAAAUCCUUGCUUUCCCACUGCAGGAUUACGGCGGGAUCAUGACAGGGCUGGGAUCUGAUUCGUGGUGGAAGAAAACCCUUUAUUUGACUGGGGGGGCCCUGCUCGCCGCUGCCGCCUAUCUAUUCCACGAACUCCUGGCUAUUAGGAAAGAACAAGAAGUUGAUUCAAAAGAUGCCAUCAUCCUACAUCAAUUCUCAAGGCCAAAUAAUGGCAUUCCCAGUUUAUCUCCUUUCUGCUUGAAAAUGGAGACUUACUUGAGGAUGGCUGAUUUGCCUUACCAGAACUACUUUGAUGGAAAGCUUUCUCCCCAAGGGAAAAUGCCAUGGAUCGAAUACAAUCGCAAAAAGGUAUCCGGCACAGAGUUCAUUAUUGAUUUUUUGGAAGAGAAGCUUGGAGUGAAUUUAAACAAACACCUUGGCCCACAUGAGAGAGCUGUUUCUAGAGCAGUAACAAAAAUGGUGGAGGAGCACUUCUACUGGACCUUAGCCUAUUGCCAAUGGGUGGACAAUCUCCAUGAGACCCAGAAGAUGCUUUCUUUUGGUGGGCCCUUUAGUGACCUACUGAAGUGGAUUCUCUGCCACAUAACCAAAGGAAUUGUGAAGCGGGAAAUGUACGGACACGGCAUUGGCCGCUUCUCUGAGGAAGACAUAUACAAGCUGAUGGAGAAAGAUAUGCGCUCGUUGGCCAGUCUUCUGGGUGAUAAAAAGUACAUCAUGGGACCCAGACUUUCUACUUUAGAUGCUACGGUGUUUGGUCAUCUGGCUCAAGCAAUGUGGACGUUGCCUGGAACUAGACCGGAGCGCCUCAUUAAAGGAGAAUUAAUUAACCUGGCUAUGUACUGUGAGAGAAUAAGAAGGAAAUUCUGGCCGGAGUGGCAUCACGAUGAAGACAACACGCUGUACGAAUCAGAAGAAAGCAGCGAAGCGAGCAAAAGUCACCCACUGCUGGACUUCAGUUUUUAUUCAAGGACAGAAACAUUUGAUGACGAAGGACCUGAAAACAGUUUUUCCCGAACGCCUGAUACUGAUUACACAGGGCACUCCCUCUUUGAUUCUGACGUGGAUAUGGAUGACUGCACAGAUCACGAACCCUGCAAAUGACGUAUCUAAAAUACCCUCCGCCAUUUUAUGUCAGAAGCAUCAGUACUUCUUGGGACUCAGGCAAACUGACUCAGGUUUCAAAGAGCCCCUUGUUGGUUGGGAAGAGACCGUUACGUGCAACGCUAUCUUCAUCUGUUCUUUGGACCAUUUCACCUUUUUUCCAUCUUAGGAAAGAGCCCUCAUGGAUCCUAGGCAAACCGGUUUUAAUAACGGUCACUAUGGAAUUGAAAAGAUGACAAGAAGGUAAUGGGAGUGGGAACGAGGAUUCAUGUUAAAAAAAUAAAUAAAUACGCAGAACUUCCCAGAAUGACGGAGGGAAGCCAAGGGUCAAGAAAAUCUCAUUUGGAUGUUCUAACCUCCUCCUCAGUGGACUUCCUGUCCCCCAGGAUACGUUGUGGUGAAAUCAGCAUAAUGAGGAAUGGGAAACGUCUUUCCACUUAGGGUGCGCUGGGUAAUCCCUUGCACAGGAACAUUGAAAAAUGACAGGGUCAUUGUGAUGGUGAAAAGAAUGCGAUGCACAUAGCUGGUAUGAAAAUAGAAGCCAACAUUGUUUUACUGAAACUAUCAGCAUUAUGUGUAAAACUACCAAUCACACAUUGGUAGGCGACUAACCAAUGCUGUGGAUUGUUACAUGAGGCGUUCAUUAUUCUAGCACUGUUAUGACUACUAGUUUUUAAAGCCAUGUUUAAACUUGUGCACUUGAGUGUAACAUACUUUUAAAUUGUGCACUCUGUUGAUUAAUGUGUGUGUGUACAUACAUAUACAUAUAU